GAAAUCACUACCAAGUACCAACCUCAACACCAACACCCACUCUCAGUCUCACUCACCCACCCUCCACCACCAACCCAUAUACACCACCUUUUGAAUCCAACCAUCAUCACAACGCAACGCAACGCAUCGCAUCGCAAUGGCCAUGGCUCUUCGCAGACUUUCCUCCAAGCCCUUCGCCAACGCCACUUCCAUUUAUCGCACGUCCUCUUCGCUCUCCGCUCACCAAAACGACAAAUCUCGCGUCGACUGGAUUAAGCAGCUCAACGAUCCUCUCGAGGUCGUCGAUCCCGAGAUCGCGGACAUAAUCGAACUCGAAAAAGCGCGUCAAUGGAAGGGGCUCGAACUUAUACCUUCGGAAAACUUCACGUCGCUGUCGGUGAUGCAAGCCGUUGGAUCGGUGAUGACGAAUAAGUAUAGUGAAGGAUAUCCUGGUGCGAGAUACUAUGGAGGAAAUGAGUACAUUGACAUGGCUGAGACCUUGUGUCAGAAGCGUGCACUCGAAGCUUUUCGGUUGGAUCCUGCAAAAUGGGGAGUCAAUGUGCAGUCAUUAUCUGGAUCCCCUUCUAACUUCCAAGUUUACACUGCUUUAUUGAAACCUCACGAGAGAAUUAUGGCUCUUGAUCUUCCCCAUGGUGGGCAUCUAUCACACGGUUAUCAGACUGACACCAAGAAGAUAUCAGCUGUAUCUAUAUUCUUUGAAACAAUGCCAUACAGAUUGAAUGAGAGCACUGGUUAUAUCGAUUAUGACCAGUUGGAGAAAAGUGCAGCACUUUUUAGGCCAAAAUUAAUAGUUGCUGGUGCUAGUGCUUAUGCUCGCCUUUAUGAUUAUGCACGUGUUCGUAAGGUCUGUGAUAAGCAAAAGGCAGUUCUAUUGGCUGAUAUGGCACAUAUUAGUGGAUUGGUAGCGGCGGGUGUUAUUCCUUCUCCUUUUGAUUAUGCAGAUGUUGUAACAACAACAACACAUAAGUCACUUCGUGGACCACGUGGGGCUAUGAUUUUCUUCAGGAAGGGUGUGAAAGAGAUAAACAAGCAAGGGAAGGAAGUGUUGUAUGACUAUGAAGACAAAAUAAAUCAGGCUGUUUUCCCUGGACUUCAAGGUGGUCCACACAAUCAUACUAUUUCAGGCUUAGCAGUUGCACUGAAGCAGGCUAUGACACCAGAAUUCAAGAAUUACCAAAAGCAAGUACUUGACAACUCCUCGGCAUUUGCACAGAGUUUGUUAGAGAAAGGCUAUGAUCUUGUAUCUGGUGGAACAGAGAACCAUUUAGUGUUAGUGAACUUAAGAAACAAGGGCAUUGAUGGCUCUAGGGUUGAGAAGGUAUUAGAAGCAGUUCACAUAGCUGCCAAUAAAAAUACCGUUCCAGGGGAUGUGUCUGCUAUGGUUCCUGGAGGCAUUCGGAUGGGAACCCCUGCUCUCACAUCCAGAGGAUUUGUUGAGGAAGAUUUUAAAAAAGUAGCCGAGUACUUUGAUGCAGCUGUUAAGUUAGCCUUGCAGAUUAAGGAAAAUACCAAUGGUACAAAGUUGAAGGAUUUUGUGGCAGCUAUGCAAUCAGAUGAACAAAUUCAAUCCAAGAUUGCUAAUCUCCGUCAUGAAGUAGAGGAUUAUGCUAAGCAGUUCCCCACAAUUGGUUUUGAAAUAGAAACAAUGAAGUAUGGCAAGUGAAGACGGCAUAUGGUUACUACUUCUGGAGUGUUAUUUGGAAGCUUUUCGAAUUAAUAACGCUGAAUUAGAUGUGUUGCUCGAUGGAUUGUCUCGGAGUCCUGGAUGAAAAUGUGAAUUAUAUUAUUAUUACUACUAAUGGUUUAAAUGAAAGAGAAAAGGGAGAAAAUUCCUUUCAGCUUGAGAAAAAAUAUAUAGAUUUAUUUCAUGUUGAAAAUUCCUUUAGAUGUAGCAAAAAGGAGUUCGAGCACUAGUAAAUUUUGCUAUUUGGUAAAUUACCUUAAUUCCUCUUCUA